AUGCAUCCUUCUCUCUUCCUGGCUGCCCUUUGCUUGGGAAUAGCCUCAGCUGCUCCGCAACUCAACCAGAGCUUAGAUGACCUAUGGUCCCAGUGGAAGGCAACACACGGGAAGCUAUAUGGCAUGAAAAGCAAAGGAUGGCAAGAAGCCGUGUGGCAGAAGAAUAUGAAAAUGAUUAUGCAGCACAAUAGGGAAUACCUUCAAGGGAAACAUAGCUUCUUGAUGGCAAUGAAUGGCUUUGGUGACAUGACCAAUGAAGAAUUCAGGCACAUGAUGAUUGGUCUUAAAAUCCAGAAGAAUGAGAAUGGGACAAUGUUUCAAGUCCCUUUCCCUGCUGGUAUCUCCUUACCUAUGAAUAGGAGACAGACACCUGAUAUUAGUCUUGGUCGGUGUGCUUCUGGCUGGGCUUUUAGUGCAACUGGUGCCAUCGAAGGACAGAUAUUCCGGAAAUACGGCAAACGUGUUUCCUUGAGUGUGCAGAACCUCCUGGACUGCUCUCAGGCUGAAGGCAAUGAGGGCUGCAAUGGUGGUCUAAUGAGUAAUGCCUUCCAGUAUGUUAGGAACAACAGAGGUCUGGACACAGAAGAAUCCUAUCCAUAUGUUGCAAGAGAUGGACCCUGCAAAUACAGGCCUGAGUAUUCUGCUGCCAAUGUCACUGCCUUUCAGACAAUUCCUCGGCGGGAGGAGGCCCUCUUGGUGGCAAUGAAAAACAUGGGAUCCAUCUCUGCUGCUAUAGAUGCAAGCUUGGAUACCUUCCGCUUCUAUAAAGGAGGCAUUUAUUAUGAUCCAAAGUGCAGCAGUGAAGACCUGAAUCACGGUGUUCUGGUGGUUGGCUAUGGCUUUCAAGGAAAAGAAUCCGAUAACCAAAAAUAUUGGUUUGUCAAGAACAGCUGGGGCACUGACUGGGGCAUGGGUGGCUACAUAAAAAUGGCCAGAGACCGGAAUAACAACUGUGGAAUCGCCACCAGGGCCAGCUUUCCUAUCGUGUGAGAUGAUGGUGAUGAAGAAGGCCUUGACUGAUAACAGAAUA